GGUGUUUCGGCAUUGCCAACGAAGCUGUCUGGAGAAGCACAAGCUGCGAGAGGGGACUGCUGAGGUUUCUUGUCCAUUCACUCCCAGGGGAACACCCGUGAACUAAGCCGCAGGAAGAAAUGCCCUACAUGCUGAUCAGCACGCAGAUCCGACUGGAGAAUGGUCCAACAAAUGUCGGAGAUGAACAUUCGGACCCAGAUGUUAUGAAUUACCUGGGAGCAAGAAAGACAACUGUCUUGGGGAAUAAUUUUUCUGAGUACCAUGUGGAUGAGCCACCCCGCCUGGUCCUGGACAAGCUGGAGAAGAUUGGCUUCCGCCUGCUAACGAUGACCGGAGUGGGACAGACACUGGUGUGGUGCCUACAUAAGGAGACAGACUGACCACCACUCUAUGCAAAAUCUAUGAGCCUAUGUGCAAAUCAAACAUCACCAGAGAGCAGGUUAGCACUUAAAUUACCACAGAGGCAGUAACGUCAAAGCAGCUAUGAGUGUACAGUGUCAAAGUGCCUACUGGAGACCAUUUUAGGAAGACAUUCUCAAAAACUUUUUAUACUAAUAUUUAUGUACAAUAUUUCUUGGGACAAAGAAUGUGUCUCUUAAUCAAACCUGUUUGUUGAAGUUGACUUAUUAA